AUGUCACUUCAAAGAUCACGUCCAAUGGACACUCUUCAAAGAAUUGUGUCGUCAUUCAAGCAUUUUGAAAAGAAAUUGGAUAAACUACAAGAUGAUGUUAAUUUUCAAGGUCAUACAUUAACUGAACUUCGUGUCAUGGUUGCAAAUCUUUCCGGCGGCAUAUUAAACGCCGAAGGUAAGCCAACGGAAACCACUAAACAUUCUGCAAACAAAACAACUGCCGUCCAGCCAGAUAUUAUAAACAGUGAUAAGUUAUUAAAAACCAAGAGAAAGAAUGCUCCACCACCAUUUAUUUCCAAAAUUCAAACAAAAAGUUACCACGGACCGAAGUAUGGAUCCAAAACUUCUAAAGAUGUACCUUUUAUAAAUAAAAUGCCGUCUAGUCCUAAAACCGGAAAAAGAAAUUCGAGGCAAAGAAAAGCCGAUUCUCCGCGCAAAACUACUACAUUGCGAGGUCAGAAGGAAAUUGUACACAAGCGCAGCAAGUUACCACGUGUUUUGACUUAA